AAGACAGAUGCGUAUUUAUUAGCUCCUUACUUUUACAUUUACUUUUCAGGUUGGAUACUUAGGUUAGAUAGCGUUCGCUCGCGGUUUGCCAGCUAAUUCGUCAUGGACGAAACGGUAAAACCUGUCAGAAUUCCUCCGGAGAUGUCCAUCUACGCAGAGAAACACGAUAUAUUUGACUUAGUACAGACGAUGGUGUCUAGUCUGAUGGUGGACAAACCAGAUGACCCCAUAUCCUACCUGAUGAGUCUGCUUAAGAGAGGAAGAGUUGAACCUCCUAAGAUUAUUCUGCUGGGCCCGCCUGCUUCUGGGAAGACAACCAUAGCCAGAAGACUGUGUGCAGAGCUGAGUUCAGUCCAUGUAACCACCCACAGUCUCUUCAAUCAAGAAACAGAGCUGAGCCAGCAGGCCAUGCAAUACACACAAAUGCAACAGGAGAUUCCUGCUGACAUAUGGGUAGAGCUGAUCCAACACAGGCUGUCUAAAAUAGACUGCUUCAGAAAGGGAUGGGUUCUAGAAGGAUUUCCUCAGACUCGCCUUCAUGCUCUGACGCUCCAAGCGGCUGGAGUCAUCCCUAACCAUGCGGUAUUUCUAGAAGCUUCUGAGGAUAUGUUGCUGCAAAGGACAACGGGAAGAAUGUUGGACCCUCUGACUGGAGACGUGUACCAUCAGACGUUCGUGUGGCCGCCCGACCCGGAGGUGGCCGAGCGUCUGCAGCAGGACAGUGGGGGCUCAGAGGAGCAGCGCCUGGCCCACCUCCAGCUGUACGGCCGGGAGGUCGCCGGCCUGAGCACGGCCUACCGCCACGUCUUGAAGACCAUCAACGCUGACCAACCACACACUGAUGUCUAUGAAGAGGUCCUAAGAUAUGUCCUGAUCCGGCGUGAAUCGAGAGCCCCUCAGACUCCCAGAAUCCUCCUGGUGGGCCCGCCGGGCUCAGGGAAGAGCCUCCAGGCCAGACGUCUGGCCGACAAAUACAAACUGGUGGACCUGAAUUGUGGACAGCUUUUAAAGGCUGAAGCAGCCGAUGGAUCCACUCUGGGACAGCUGGUGAAGCCCUACAUAGAGACAGGUCACCAAGUUCCAGACAGCGUGGUCCUGCAGGUGCUGAGCCAGAGACUGAGCGCCCUGGACUGCACCACCCGAGGCUGGGUGCUCCACGGCUUCCCCAGGGAGCCGGAGCAAGCCAGGCGCCUGCAGGACUCCACCUACAAACCAAGCAGAGUGUUCUUCCUGGAGAUGACCGAUGAUGUUGCCAUUGAGAGGCUAACUCUCAGGACCAUCGAUCCAAUCAGUGGAGAGAGGCACCACGGCCUGGAGCAUCCAGCCCCAAACCGAGAGGUUGAGGCUAGGCUGCAGACCCAUCCAGACGACAAACCGGCCAGAGUCCAAGAAAAACUCACACAAUACUGGAUGCAUGCUGCUAGGCUAAAGGCUUUAUUUCCAGAUGGGGUCCAUGUGAACGCUGACCAGGACCCCCACACUGUGUUUGAGUGUGUGGAGAGCAGAGUGUUUAAGCGACCCGACAUCAGACCGAACCAGUAGAGAGAAGAGUGUUUAAGCGGCCGACAUCAGACCGAACCAGUAGAGAGAAGAGUGUUUAAGCGGCCGACAUCAGACCGAACCAGUAGGAAGCAGAGCCCGACAGACGUCUUUUCCUCUCCAAAUAUAAAUCAAAUAGAAUGAAAUGCAAAUAAGAAAACAUUAACAGCACUGGAAGAGAGGAGAAAACACUACAUAUUUACAAAUCUCAUGAAUAAGCUGUUCCCUGACUGCAUUGAUGGAAUCAAAUAAAAGAAGUGUAU